CUUGACGGUUCGUCGCUGAGUUGUCAAUAUGGAAAAACAUGCUGACAUUGUACCACGGGGAAAUGAUGAAUGACUGAUGGAGAAAGGUUCUCUCAAGAGAGGCCUAUGAGCAAACACAAAGCUUGUGGUUGUGGAAAAGUGACACAUCUUGGAAAUAUUGGGAAGAGGAAAAUAGCUUGUGGAACGCUAUAUGGUCUUCACCGACAGAGCAACAUAAUCCAGCACAAAUAUCUAUGAAUAACACACAGAAAUAGACCAAGACUGACAUUCCUGAUGGCAUCCAGUAAUGUUAAUCCUGACAACAGUGUCCUACAUGACAACAUGGUGCAUCUGAGGUAUCUCAUUAAAACUGGUGAUGUUAUUGCCGUUCAAAACUUUAUUCAGACAUCACAAAUUGAUCCCUGUGAAGAAUAUGUUAAACAAACUCCCCCAGUGUUUACAGCAGCAAGCCAUGGUCAACUUCAUGUCAUGCGUGCCUUGAUAGCAAUGGGCUUCGGCUUUGAGGAUCCAUGCAGAUUUGAAAUCGGAAGGUGUGUGGAAUUAUACUCUGCUAUUCACUGUGCUGCUUUCUAUGGCCAUGUGGAUAUUGUAAGAGCAUUAGUUACGGAAUACAAUGUCGAUGCUCAGGUUUACAACCUCCAGCCGUUUGAAAUUGAUGAGUGUAGCAGUUUUUAUCAAUACCCCCGUGUUCCCCUCUGGUUUGCUAUUCAUGGAGGUAGACUGAAUGUUGUCCAGUUUCUAAUUGAAUAUUUGGAAUCUUGCCACAAAGACUUGGAGUUUCCCUGUGGUUUCACUCCCCUAUGGCUUGCUGCUGUGGAAGGAGAGACUGAUAUAUGCAGGUAUCUAAUUUCCAGAGUUGAUAACACAGAAGAGAAGAAUUCCUACCUGUACAAUGAAUUACUUCAAGCCAUAAAAAUUAACGUCAUGAAGGCAGCACGUGUAUUGCUAGAUUGUGAAGCAGAGUUGCAACCCCAGGCAGAUGAUACGGACAGGUGGCAUUUGGUUUUGUUUGAACAUGCAGCACUGAUGGGUCGUUUAGAAAUGUUGAAACUGUUACAUUCCUAUGGGUUCCACCCAGAAGCAACCACUUGUUUUGGUGAACCAGCACAGACUCAAGCAUUUACAGCGACACCUCUGCAGGUGGUUCGCUAUCUCACAGUGGAUCUGAAUGUCAAGCUAGUACUCACUGAACACUCCCUCAGCUCAAUGCCACCUCACAUUAUUACACUGUUGAUAAAAGCAGGUUACCGAUUUACUUUCAGAAAUUAUGAGUAUUUAGAAGAGAUGUCUGAUGUUCAUGGAAUGUCACAACCAAAGUUUAUGAAUUUUGUGAGAACAAUCUCAAUGCCAAAGACACUACAGGACAUUUGUUGUUUUAGAGUUCGCAGCUUCUUGGACAAAACAUUACCUGUAUGGAUACGUUGCUUCUUCAGAAGAAAAUGAUGGACUUUGUUAAACUGACCCAUGUCUAAAACUGCAUCAGCUCUAAACACAGUGUUUAUACUUUCAUGGAUUCAGGGAGAGACACAAUAGGAAAUGUAAUAGUAAAAUAAAAAAUAUAGGGCGUUCUUUUCAUUAGGGUCUUGGCCAUGCCAGUGGUUUUGACUCAGACGUCCAUCCAUAGUACAACCAGAACAGGUGACGGAUUACACAAUUCUUUGGAAUAGACCCAUAUACAGCCUCAGAUGUAUACAAACCUGACCAUAUCUUUUUGAUGAAACGAAUGAAAUUACUUAUGUAAUUGAAUUUUCUGUCCCUUUUGACAGUAAUGUGAUUGACAGAAUUCGGACAAAACAUUGCAUAUAUGUGGACCUCGCCUUUAAAUAUCUCGCUUGCAUCCCAAGUACACUGUCAUCAGGCUCCCCAUUGUACUUGGUGCCCAAGGUUUGGUACCUUAUGAUCUCUUCAUGUAGAUCUAGAGUGUGCUCGGGUUCUCCACUAGGAGCACUACCCUUCUGACACUCUUGGUAAUGCAGAAGGGGAGUCUACAUACUCUCCAAAAGGUUCUUGGUGGGUUUCGACUGGGCAGUGCUCCCUGUGAAAAGUCACAUUCGCUUUCUGGAAAGGGGCCCUGAGCUGAUAAGCUUACCCAGCCAGACUGUGCCAGGAUCACCCAAACCUCUUUGCUGCAUGUAUAUAUUUAGAUCUGUAAAACAAUAAAAACUAAACUCAAUGUU